CUGCUCGUCACGGCUGGUGGGGUGCGGUAGACUAUGCGGGUUGGAUUUAUCCCUAACUAAAUAAUCAUAAUAAAACAGCCAUCAUCCUAUCCUACUUUGUUACGUUACCCUGAUUCUAUGCGUUUAUUCUCAUCUUCUGCACCGUCGUCGUUUCGUUUUUGCGUCUUUCUUCUUUUUCAUAUUUCACGUUGCCCGCCCAAUGUCCCUGAAUAGACAACGACCACGUUCUCGAGUCGCUAACCGAGCCUACACUCUAUCUUCCCUGCCUCCCAGCACUCAGUCUGACAUCACCGGUUACUCAUCGUCUCAUUUGCAUUCCAUUGAGGAAUUACUGCAAGACUGGCUCACCAAAGGAAUGCCCGAACCGGCUCAUUCUCCAUGGUUUAUCGAUAAUAUCUGUCAGUGUUGUCAACGACCCAACUGCCCUCAAUUCGACAAUGUCAUGGCCGGCAUUCGUAAAUUAGAAAACGAUGUUCGCUUGGCUGCCGAAAUUGGGCAGAGCCUUUUGCAUAAACAUGAAGCAUUUGUAUCGGAAUCACAAGAAGUCAAAACAGUAUUGGAACAGCAGCUCGAAACAUCCAAUGAGAAGGUGCAUGAAUUACAGCAACUCUUGGAAGAAUCUGAUACUCAGAAGCAUCAACUGGCCGGAGAAAGGGAUAAAGUUACAUGGGAGCUGCAAAAGAUGGACAAGACUCUGCAAGAUACGCUAUCCGAUCUGGAAGCAGCCAAUGCUCGCUGCGUUCACCUUGGCGGCGAGUUAAAAGCGCAGAAUGUGGAGUUGGAAAAGCUGAGGAUACUGAAAUUGAUGGUGCGACAAGCCGAUGUUCGAGAAGAAACGUUACAUGCCAAGUUGGAAGAUUUGCAACAAGAACUGGCAAUUUCAAGAAAGACAGAAUUAUCACUUGAAUCCAAAUACAAGAAGCUAAAAGCAAAGCAUGAAACCAUGUGUGCUGCUUACGAAAAGCUGAGGCUUGAAGGUGAUACACAUACGACAGAUCGCGAUAAUAAUCUCGCCUGGCUACGUGAAUCCAAUGAAAAGCUGAGGAGAGACAUGUUAAAGCUUACAACGUUACCUUCUUCUCCGAUAACGCACUCGCAACAAGCCAAUCAGAGUCACUGGAUCACGCUUAUCAAAGAGCUGGCAUCAGCCAAUAGCAAACUGAAAGCGGACCUUUUGGAUUGCAAAGAUCACUUAUCAGAAGCUCGCAACGAAAUCUUUGCUCUCAGCUGCAAAAUUGAUGGUACAGAGGAACAUACCAUGGUAUCGAAAGUGGAGGAUGAAGAGGACGAAGAUCAAGAAGAAGAAAAAGAAGAAGGUUCACUGCCAUCGUUACCGCAUAAACCUCCUGUGGAAUUGGCACCAGCGGGAUGGCUCAGUACGUCGGCACCAUCGCUGCGUAAUAUGCGCAAACAAUUACGGACACAACCACGUCGCGUGACCAGGGACCCCACUCAUGCUACCAGCGCCAAACCUCUCCCUUUAUCCUCUGUUCAGCCCAACACCACUGCCACCACUGUUGCCUCGUCCAUGCCGGGUCCGUCCGGAACUGCCGUGAUUCAUCACCAUUAUCAUUAUUACAUGCAACGCAAAAAGAAAUCCGCCAAAGCUUAUUCAAUAGAUGCAGCGUCAUUGCAUAACAGUGGAUCUUCCGUACAUAUUGACAGCAAAGAAAAAACGCUGGUACAUUCUGACAUGGAUGACAUCAAGGAAAUAACAGAGAGAGGAACAAGUGAAGGGAACGAUGUAAUGAGUGCAUUUCAUCAGUUACAGACUUACCUGACGGAGGUGUUUCGACGGUUAACGGCAACGGAUAUACGGGCGUUGAAUCGUCAGCUGAGAAAAGCGUUUGAUAUACUGGAAUUGACGAAUAUGAGCAAUUCCAUCAUCGAUAGCAUUCUGACAGAAGUCGAGAGUUUACACUCCAAAUUCCAAUGGGUGGAAAUCGAGGUAGCACAAGCAAAGGAGACUUCCGGUCUUGCCGGUGACGGUUGUCUGGUUGCGAUGGAGGAUUUCUUUCCACUUCUCCACACCGUACAACAUAUGCUCAAGGAAAUUGGAUCGUUAAGAAUGACCAUGAACGAUUUACAGCUCGAGUACGUGAAAAAAAUUGAAGAAAACGAUCAACGUGUGGAACAGGAAGUGCUCCAGAAACGCGAUGCGCUAAUGCAGCAACAACAACAACAACACCAGCAAGCGCAAACCACUACUGCACCCGCAACUUCGCCACCUUCCAGCGCCAUCAGUUGGCUCACCCAUUUUUUCCAGCGAUCAUCCACUGUGCAGUCGCUGAAGCAUGUCUCAUCGCAAGACGAUUUAGGGACACGUUACAUCAAUGAUCUCGGCAACAAGUCAUUUACGGCCGUUAUUUUGGAUGACUCCAAGCGACCAAUUGAUUUGCAUUCACCGAGCAAAGCCAAAAGUCUGCGGCCAAAAAGUGAUGUGGAUCGGUAUGGUCCGCUUCUCAGUUUCCCCACGGACGACAAGCGGCGGCAUCGAAGUAGCGCUGCUCAAUCUAUUCCAUUUCCAAUGCUACGGUCGUCGCGUAGCGCUGGGACAAUUCGCCGGGGUGAACCAUCCUCGGUUCCGGCUCUCACGAUUGCGCGUCGAAAGCGUAGCACACUCGGUCUCAAUUCCGAACUCGACCUUCGUGGCCAGCCGGGAUCCCCUGACUUCAACGGCGAAUGGAGCGUCAAUGCGUUCGCCACCAGUUGGCUGGGCACCAAAUGACAUGCGUGUUUAUGGAUGUUUAAAUUGAUGUGCUUUUUAGUAUACCCAGUUUCCUUUUUUCUUUCUCACUCCCUUCCUACCUAUCACAGUGGCAUACCGCUUGAUGGGGCAUAAAAAAAAGCAGCAUAAUAAGA